AUGGCUCGACGGACUCUCAGCGCCCUCGUCCUGGCGGCGGCCGCGCCGCUCCUCAUCGAUUCUUCGUCCCAGGCGCGCCACAGCGGCGCAGUGUUCCUGCUCUCCUUCGCAGGCACCGUCCCGAGCGUCGCCGCGGCAGACAAGUCGAGACUCAGCGCUGCAGACGCCGACGACCUGCAGCUGGUCGCCGACGAGGACGGCGGCGUCCGCCUCGCCAGCCACACCCUCGGCACGCCCAGCAGAGCGCCGCGCGGUGGCGUGCUCUCCCGCAAGCGGUUGUCCGCUGCCGUCACCGCCUUGGCGCUCUCCGCCGCCGUCGGCGUCCUCGUGAAAGGCCUCGUUGACCGCAGCCGCGCCGCAGCGACGCCGGCGAAAUCAGUUGACCAAGUGGAGCCGCCGAGACCACUUGACGAAGUGGAGCUGCCGAGACCACUUGACGAAGUGGAGCUGCCGAGGCCACCUGACCAAGUGAAGCUGCCGAGGCCUCGUGACCAAGUGGAGCCGCCGAGACCACUUGACGAAGUGGAGCCGCCGAGGCCUUUUGACGAAGUGGAGCUGCCGAGGCCUCGUGACCAAGUGGAGCCGCCGAGGCCACUUGACGAAGUGGAGCCGCCGAGGCCUUUUGACGAAGUGGAGCUGCCGAGGCCUCUUGACCAACUGGAGCUGCCGAGGCCUCUUGACCAACUGGAGCUGCCGAGGCGUCGUGACCAAGUGGAGCUGCCGAUAGAAGCGAUGGCGGCGAAGCCCGUUGCCGCGAAGCCUGCGGCGUUGCGUUUCGGUUUUCUUGAGAAGGCCAAAAGGUACCUCGAGGUUUUCGGGAAUGACGUUAAGGACGCCCUCGGCACGAAGAGGAGCGCUGCCGCAGUUGUGAUCAUGGCGCUGGUGACCUUGGCUCUCACUGUCGCCGCGAUUUACAUCUCACGAGCGAACAAGCAGCACUCGCCGGAGAAGGUCGUUGAAGCAUUCCUCUCUGCUGUGUCCCCCUAG